AUGUUAACUACUAUAGAAUCAUUAGACCCUUUGCUGAAUCUUCUCUUAACUGAUAAAGCAGAAUGGAUAUAUGACACCCCUGUUAAUUCUCAAGUAGAACAGAAACUCAGGGCUUUGUUAGUUAAACUCGAGGAUGCGGAUAAAAUACUUGGAAUUCAUGUUUGUGCCUAUAAAGAUGGGGACGUGUUAAUUGAUACAACUGUUGGGGUACUUGGAAAUUAUGAUCCUUCUCAUGUUCAACCCGAGACAUUAUUCCCUGUUUUCUCUGUAACAAAGGGAGUUACAGCUGGAAUGUUACACUGGCUUGUAGAUAAAUGGAAAAUGGUACUUGAGGAUAAUGUUGCAGAGAUCUGGCCAGAUUUCAGUUCAAACAGAAAAGAAUCAAUAAAGGUUCAUCAUGUACUGAAUCGUACAUCUGGAAUGCAAAAUGCUCUGGCCAGCCUUGUGCAAGAUAAUCCAAUGGUGUUAUGCAAUUAGGAUGAAUGCUUGAAACGCAUUGCCAUGGCAGAACCAGAAUCAGAACAACUAUAAGAUUAG